AUGUAUUUAUUUAUUUAUUUAUUUGCACCCCUGCAUUGCCCUGUACUCAACUGCAGAAAUUCCAAAAGCCAGCAGUGCGCUGCCCCAUCGUCGAUGGCCGGCCUCCUCAGCAAGGCGUCCAGCGCCGUGUCCGCCUGCGCGCGCCGCGUCUCGCGCGCCACCCGCCGCCUCCUCCGCGCGCGGCUGCUCCGCCGGGGCGGAGGCGGAGGAGGCGGCGGCGGCGAGACCGGGAAGCCCGACGGCGGCGAAGGGCUGUGGCGCCGGGCGAUACUGAUGGGGGAGCGGUGCGAGCCGCUCAGCUUCCCCGGCGCCAUCCACUACGACAGCCUCGGCCGGCGGCUCCCGCAGCCGCGCCGCGGCAAGGCGAAGCCCGCCGCCUCCGCCUUGCUCUGCCGCUCGUCGGACGCCGUCGACGAGGCCCUCGCGGCGACCAGCAAAGGCAAGCCCAGAUACGUGGCGGUGGCGCUGCUCCGGGACUAGCGCGGUGCGUGCGCGAUCGCGUGUGCUCCGGUGGCUGCGUCGCGGACGCCGCGUGUUCCUCGGGCUGCUGCUGCUAGAUCAACGCGCGGCGUGAUUCUUGCUCCAGCCUUGGGAUGGAUGAUGCUGCGUGCCGUGGUUCUGGCCAUUUUUGUUACCUUCUCCUAGCGUCGACAAAGUUUAAUCUGCUCCUUUUUUUUUCUUUCUUAUGCACAGUGGUCUGUUUCAUUGUUUGGGUUUUCUGCUCUAGCAAAGGAUGAUCUUAUGCACAGGUAACAGCCAAAAUAGGAUUAGACGUACCAGGUAGUUUGUCAUCGAAUUCUGAAAUUAUGAGAUUGUCAAAUCAUCGUCAGUAACUGGGAAUAGUAAAGUACUCCAUCCGCCCCCAAAUAUAAGGGAUUCUAAUAUUUAACUUUUGUCCAAUAAUGUAAGAUAUCCUACCAUACUAAUCACAUUGAUCAUUUUCCAUUCAA